AAAGGAAGCAAGAAGAAAUGGAAGAAGAGAUAACGGUGAAUGGAAAAAGUUCAGUCCUUAUAAGGCUAAAGGAUACUCCGCCCAGAGUCUGUUCGAGAAAAGAAGACAUGAAACGUUUAGACGAAACUGAGGAUUGUUUCGUGUUAGAUUUCGACCCACAUGACUCGUUGGACGACAAAAAUAGCCACCAAGGUGAUGCCUCUAAGGAUUUCUACAUUGUUAGUGAAAACGGUAAGGUAGCUUGCAGGGAUUACCCACAUCCAAGACAUCUGUGUGUUAAAUUUCCGUUUACCACAACACCUCACCAGAGCUAUUGCGAACUGUGUUACUGUCGUGUAUGUGGCAUACGUGCUCCUUGUAAGCAUUGGACCCAAUCAAAGUCUCCACACUGUGAUGAAUUGUAUGAUGAUGUUCCUGGGGAAUGGGAUCUUGAAGUUGAUCUUCUUGCUGGUCUUCAUGAUUGUGCUGGGGCUGAUUUUGUUGGUUUGUCGUUGGGAGGAUACUUUGUGCAGCCGUGGCUGCCAACGGUGGAAGAUACUGCAUUAUUGCACCAAUAA